UUAUUUACAUCGGGGUAAGUGAGUUUCUCUAAAGCUUAGAAAAAAACAAAAGAGCGAGUUUCUCUAAUGAAGUAAUUCAUUUCCGUCCUCUCUCUCUCUCUCUCUCUAAAGACUUCCAGCAUCAGCAAUGGCCAUGACGGACUUCUUCGCCGGCGAGAUUGCCACGGAGCUCCUGAAGAUGUUGAUUACCAUAGCAGGAAAAUCAUCUCUCUGCAAGGCGAGCGCCGAGCAACUCAUCUCCCACCUCGAGACACUCCAACCCAUCAUACGGGAGAUCAAGUACUCCGGGGUCGAGCUCCCGAGCAAUCGUCAAUUCCAACUCGACCGCCUCUCUGAGAGCCUACAAAGCGGCGUCGAACUCGCCAACAAAGUCCUCCACUCGAGUCGCUGGAACAUGUACAAGAACUAUCAUCUAGCGAGGAAGAUGGAGAAGCUUGAGAAGAACGUAUCCAGAUUCUUGCAGUGUCUGGUUCCCGUUCAUGUGCUGGCGGACGUGCUCCACAUGAGGUUUGAGUCGGCCGAACGGUUUGAUCGGCUGGACGGGUCGGCCAUGAGGCUGGAGCAGCAGCUUGGGGCGAUGAGUAUCGGAGCUGGAGGAACGUGGAUAGAGGAAGCGGCGAGGAAGGCGGAGGAGGAGAAAAAGUAUAUGGAGGAUAGUUUGGUGAAUCUUGGGGUGGGGUUGGACUUGGGAAAGAAGAAGGUGAAGGAGAUGCUGGUUGAGAGAGAUGACUUGGCCGUUGUUGGGAUUUUUGGCAUUGGUGGGUCUGGCAAGACCACCUUGGCGAGAGAAUUUUGCAAAGAUCAUCAAGUUCGAAGUUAUUUCAGGGAUAGGAUUUUGUUCCUGACAGUCUCUCAAUCUCCGAAUGUGGAUCAGUUGAGAGUAAAGAUUUGGGGAUACAUCAUAGGCAAUGAACAUUUGAGCCCCAGUUAUAAAAUUUCUGAAAAUAACCUAAGAUAUCAUGGGUACAAUGUUGGAGCACGGAUUUUGGUGGUUUUGGACGAUGUGUGGUCACAAUCGGUGCUGGAACGACUAAUAUUUCCAGGUUGUAAAAUCCUGGUGGUUUCCCGUUUCAAGUUCCCUACGAUUAUUAAGGCUACUUUUGAAGUAGAGUUGUUGACGCAGAAAGAAGCAAUGUCUCUGUUCUGCCACACUGCUUUUGGACAAAAUUCCAUGCCUCUUCAUGCAAAUGAGAAUCUAGUCAAGCAGACUGUGAGUGAGUGCAAAGGACUUCCCUUGGCACUUAAAGUGAUUGGAGCUUCACUCAGGGAUCAAUCUGAGUUGUUUUGGGCAAGUGCAGUGAAUAGGCUAGCUCGGGGGGAGCCUGUAUCUGAGCCCCAUGAAAGACAACUGUUUGAACGCUUGGCAACAAGUGUCGAGUGUUUGCCUCCCAAGGUCAGGGAAUGUUUCUUGGAUUUGGGAUCCUUUCCUGAAGACAAGAAGAUUCCCUUGGAUGUCCUCAUCAAUAUGUGGGUUGAGAUACAUGAUAUUGAAGAGGUCGAAGCAUUUGCUAUUCUUGUUGAGCUUUCAAACAAGAAUCUUGUCACCCUGGUAAAGGAUGAGAGGGCUGGAGACAUGUAUAGCAGUUGCUUGAUCUUCAUUACACAACACGAUGUGUUAAGAGACCUUGCUCUUCAUUUGAGCAAUCGAGGCCCCAUAAAUAGGCGCAAGCGGUUGCUAAUGCCGAGAAGAGAGACAGAACUUCCGAGAGAAUGGGAUAGGAAUUCUUCUCAGCCGUUUGAUGCCCAGAUUGUUUCAAUUCAUACUGGUGAAAUGGAAGAAAUGGACUGGAUCUCCAUGGAUUUCACCGUGGCUGAAGUGCUCAUCCUGAACUUCUCCUCAAACAAAUAUUUCUUACCUCCCUUCAUCAAUAGCAUGCCCAAGCUAAGGGCGCUAAUAAUAAUGAAUUAUAGCACAUCAAGUGCUAUACUUGACAAUUUCUCUGUUUUUGCCAGUUUGUCAAACUUGAGAAGCCUCUGGCUUGAAAAGGUUACCAUUCCUCAGUUUUCUAAAGUUCCCGUGACCCUGAAAAGGUUAUGCAAAAUGUCCCUUGUCCUGUGUAAGGUUAGCAGCGGCCUUGGUCAGUCAGACGUAGACCUGCCUCAACUCUUCCCCUGCCUUUCUGAGCUCGCAAUUGACCACUGUGAUGAUUUGGUUGAGGUGCCUUCUAGCAUUUGUAGGAUGACCAAACUCAAGCAUCUGAGCAUCACCAAUUGCCAUGGUCUAUGCCAGCUGCCAGCUGACUUGGGUAAACUGGAAACACUACAGAUCCUGAGGCUAUAUGCUUGCCCAACUUUAAAGAUGCUUCCCCAUAGCAUCUGUGAGCUACUUGGGUUGAAUUACCUUGACAUUGCUCAGUGUGUUAAUUUGUCAUGUCUUCCCGAAGACAUCGGUAAACUGCAAACUCUAAGGAAGAUUGACAUGAGUGAGUGUUCACAGAUUAGGAGUCUACCAAACUCUGCUACGUCAUUGAAAUCACUCCGCCAUGUUGUAUGCGACGAGGAGGUUUCUUGGCUGUGGAGGGACGUGGAGAAGGCAAUGCCUGAGCUCCAUAUUCAGGUUGAAGAUAAAUGCUUCAAUGUGGACUGGCUCAAUGAGUGAACGUGAUCAAGACUCACUCAAUUGUAUCAUUGGAUUGUAUUAGAAAACAUGAGUUAAGGAAAUCUAUCAUUUCCUAAUUUACCUCUCU